AUGGCGAACGAGGACCUCAUCACCGUCACUUACAAGCCCCGCGUGGCCAUCAUCACCCUCAACAACCCCAAGAAGCUCAAUGCUCUCAACCAGGACCUCUACUACCUUCUGGGCGAGCGUCUCCGUGAAGUCGACAAGCGCGAGGACAUCUCCGUCACCGUCCUCACCGGCAAUGGCCGCUUCUUCUCCGCCGGCGCAGACGUGACGUCCUCCCGCCCCGGCGGCGCCCUCAGCGGCAACGUCCGCCGCGAGAUCGUCCGCGGCUUCAUCGCCAACAACAUCGACAUCACGCACACGGUGGCGCACCACUCGAAGAUCCUGGUGGCCGCGCUGAACGGCCCAGCCGUGGGCCUGUCCGCGGCGCUGGUCUCCAUGGCCGACUUCAUCUACGCAGCCCCGCACACCUUCCUGCUGACGCCGUUCUCGUCGCUCGGGCUUGUCGCCGAGGGCGCCGCGUCGCGCGCCAUGGUCGAGCGCCUCGGCAUCGCCAAGGCCAACGAGGCUCUCAUCAUGAGCAAGCGCAUCACCUGCGACGAGCUCGUCGCCACCGGCUACGUGAAUAAGGUCAUCGCCGCGCCCUCCGGCAAGCCCGACGACUCCGACGGCUUCCUGCGGAAGGUCCUCGAGGAGGUCGAGGACCGCCUCGGCGAGCACCUCAACCAGUCCAGUCUGCUCAAGAUCAAGGAGCUGAUCCGCCGGCCGGAGCGCGAGGUCCUGGAUCGUCAGAAUCACAUCGAGGUGUUUGCCGGCCUCGAACGCUUCCUCAUGGGUGUGCCGCAGGAGGAGUUCCGCAAGCUGGCCUCCGGCGAGAAGAAGCAUAAGCUGUAG